GACGUUGGACUUGGAUAUAUGCACUAUAGCACUAAAAUCUCAGGAUAUCUUAAAUUACAGCAAAUAUAGAACAAAGCAAAGCCACAAUACAUUACUAGAUGCCCAGAGAAGCAUCAGAACUUCUCAUUUGAUGGUAAUACUAAUCUGACUAUGCUGAUGGUAGCAUCUCCAACUCGUCUCCAAUGCCCAGACCGAGCGGGACACUCGGCCGCAGCUGCGAGUCACCAACAAUCAACAUACCUUACCUGACUACCCUACUACACGCAGAGAUCUAGCCUCAAGCACCUCAUAAUCAAGUCACCGCUAUAUAAUAUAUAAUCACAAGACUAUACUACACUAUAUCUGAUUGACUUAGGAUGGCCCUCAGGCGUUCCUCCCGCCUAAGCGCAAUCCCCAACGGCAGCAAGGUGAUGCCACUGCAACCCAUCACAGGUCCCAAAAAACCCAGCAGAGCACAGCAUAGCGGGGUUAGCAAGACACGAAAAGUCUAUGCAAAUGGAAAUGCAAGAGGGAAAAAGACCACAACUCCGACUGUGGAGAAAACCGCUCCAGAGACACAGACAGCCGUUGACAACGGCAGUGGCUCUGAACGCAACCAAGAUUUGAAUGACAUCAACCCGUUUUCCACUGACAGUGCUAUUAACAGACAACUACGUGCGACACCGCCCCCUCUUGACCGACCCGUUGAACCUCACAGAACGAACGCAACCCUCCUUACACCCCAUGGCUCCUCGGUGGUUGCCUACCCGCCUGGCUCGGCGGAUAUCUCGCCCAGCAAGACCGGCCGACCUCGCCCAACCGCCACGACAGGCACGCUCCUCGAGAAAGCCAAUGCGUACUUGAUUGCCGCAGAUGCACGCCUGAAACCGGUUAUCGAGAACAACCACUGUAAAUUGUUCUCGCCCGAGGGGCUCGCGGAGGAGGUCGAUCCGUUUAAAAGUCUCGUGGUCAGUAUCAUUGGGCAACAGGUAUCGGGUGCUGCGGCCAAGUCGAUCCGGGAUAGAUUCGUGGCAUUGUUCAACAAAAGCGAGGGUGAUGAUGUGACUGCGAGUGUGAGUGGGACUUCGAAGACGACGGAGCGUUUCCCAACGCCAGAGGAGAUAUCCCAAUGCGAGAUUCUUACGUUGCGGACAGCCGGUCUCUCCCAGCGCAAGGCGGAAUAUAUCCAAGGGUUGUCUCAGAAAUUCGCAGACGGUGAAUUGAGCGCGCGGAUGCUGGUGAAUGCCAGCGAUGACGAGCUCGUUGAAAAGCUGAUUGCCGUUCGUGGACUGGGCAAAUGGUCUGUUGAGAUGUUUGCCUGCUUUGCCUUGAAACGCACCGACGUUUUCUCCACGGGGGAUCUGGGUGUGCAAAGAGGUUGCGCAGCCUUCAUAGGAAAAGACGUGAGCAAACUCAAAGCUAAAGGGGGCGGUAAGUUCAAGUACAUGCCUGAAAAAGACAUGGUGGAGCUGGCCGCGAAGUUCUCCCCAUAUAGGAGUCUCUUUAUGUGGUAUAUGUGGCGAGUAGAAAAUGUCGAUGUUGCCGUACUAAACGCUUGAAUGGUACUAUCAGACCUGUCUGGAUCCAGGUAAUGUAUAGCUGAGAUAGCGGGCUACCUUGUAUAUAUCGUCGACAGGCAUUCGAGGGCCGGUCAUAUAUACUCGAAAGAGAUAUAGAUUAGAAGAGAAGCGGUGGGUAAAUGACAUAUGAUUAUUGAUCACCCAUGUCGAAGGGUCUUGUGGAACUCCAUGCUUGGGUAGAUAUCGGUAUCGGCCUAUC